AUGGUCAAGAUUACUGGCUUCACCACGCGCGACGUGAGGUUUCCGACCUCGCUGGACAAGACCGGUUCAGAUGCGAUGAACGCAGCGGGUGACUAUUCAUCCGCCUACUGCAUCAUCACCACAGAUUCAGAAUAUACCGGACAUGGCAUGACCUUCACAAUUGGCCGUGGUAAUGAGAUUGUCUGUGCAGCGAUUUCUCUCGUGGCCCCUAUGGUCGUGGGUAAAGAUCUCGACGAGUUGACCGCAGACUGGGGUAAGACCUGGCGUUACCUCGUCUCCGACAGCCAGCUGCGCUGGAUCGGCCCCGAGAAGGGCGUGACCCACCUCGCUCUCGGUGCUCUUGUUAAUGCUCUCUGGGACCUGUGGGCUAAGACCCUCGGCAAGCCUGUCUGGCGCAUUGUGGCUGACAUGACCCCCGAGGAGUUCGUGCGUUGCAUUGACUUCCGUUAUAUCACUGAUGCUAUCACCCCCGAGGAGGCCAUCGGUCUCCUGCGGGAGAUUGAGGCUGGUAAACAGGAUCGCAUCAAGGAGGCUGAAGCCAGCCAGGCUGUUCCUGCUUAUACUACCAGCGCUGGUUGGUUAGGAUACAGCAAGGAUAAGCUGAAGUCAUUGUUGCAGGAGACUCUUGGGCAGGGCUACAAACACUUCAAGCUUAAGGUUGGUGGAGACCUGGAAGAUGAUAAGUCUCGAUUGCGCAUUGCGCGGGAGGCCAUUGGGUACGACAAGGGGAAUAUUUUGAUGGUGGAUGCCAACCAGGUCUGGUCCGUCCCCGAGGCUAUUACCUGGAUGCAAGAGCUCGCAGAGUUCAAGCCCUGGUUCAUCGAAGAGCCUACCUCCCCCGAUGAUAUCCUCGGUCACGCCGCCAUCCGCAAGGCUCUGGCCAACACCCCCCAUGGCCCCAUUGGCGUUGCUACCGGCGAGAUGUGCCAGAACCGCGUUAUCUUCAAGCAGCUGUUGCAAGCCGGCGCCCUGACUGUUCUCCAGCCCGAUGCCUGCCGUGUCGGCGGUGUGAACGAGGUUCUGGCCAUUCUCUUACUGGCACGCAAGUUCGGUGUGCCUAUUGUGCCACACUCUGGUGGUGUCGGUCUUCCCGAAUACACUCAACACCUGAGCACGAUCGACUAUGUUGUCGUUACCGGCAAGAAAAGUGUUCUUGAGUAUGUGGACCACCUUCACGAGCACUUUGUGCACCCAUCUAGUGUUAAGGAUGGUUACUAUGUUACUCCCUUGGAGCCUGGGUACAGUGUUGAGAUGAAGGCGGAUAGUAUGGAUGCCUUCGAGUACCCCGGUCAGGAGGGUAAGAGUUGGUGGAGAUCAGAGGAGGCGAAGACUAUCAUUGAUGGACCUAGAGUUGUAUAG